AUGGACCUGCUAUAUUUAUUACUGUGCGUCUUUCUGCGAUUCUUGGCCGUGAAGAGUCAGGACACGGCAGAAGAAAUCCGCAUCGUUGGAGGGUACACUCCUAUUCCACAUAGCAUUAAGUAUAUGGUUUCUAUACAGACACGCUUACGCCAGCACUUCUGUGGAGGCUCCCUCAUAACCAAAUACUGGGUGAUCACUGCUGCACAUUGUAAUAAAGGAAUAGACAACAUGAUGGUGGUGGUUGGAGACCAUUAUCUAGCUAUCUACGAAGGCACCGAGCAGGAAAUCUACCCCCAGUUUUUGAUACCUCAUCCUGAAUACGACUUUGGGACCAGUAACAAUGAUAUUAUGCUAAUAAAGCUCCAGGUGCCAGUGUGGCUGAACAGCUUCAUAUCCAUCAUCAUUUUGCCGCGCCAGGACGCUGUACGUGCCCCAGGAUCAAUGUGCAGUGUGUCGGGAUGGGGAAGCACCGAAACACACAAAGACGGCUCUCCUGUUCUACAAACCGUCAAACUGCCCAUUUUUGACACAGAACUCUGUAACAGCACCACAUCGUAUAAUGGAGGCAUCACAAACCGCAUGCUGUGCGCUGGAUUCAGUACAGGAGGCCAGGAUGCCUGCCAGGGGGAUUCUGGUGGUCCACUGGUCUGUGACGGCUUGUUAUUUGGCAUUGUGGCCUGGGGCACUGGCUGCGCUGUCCCUGAGUUUCCUGGAGUUUACACAGCCGUGUCCAAAUAUCGCACAUGGAUAGAAAUGUCUGUGUUCAGCUAUUACCGGAAGUGUUAG